AUGGCGGCACGACUUCGCGUCGUGCCCCCCCUGCGGUGGUGCAUUGCCGCCCUGGUGCUGCUGGCCGCCGUGUGGCGGCCGGCCGCGGGUUCGGCGGUUCCUGCACGUCCCGACGCGGCCAGGCGGCGCCUCGCGGCCCCGGUCGUGGUCCGGACCGCCACCCUUGACUUCUCGUUCCGGAGGUUCUUCGGCCCCGUGCGCGCGGAGUUCGAGGCGCUCGCGCACGAGCGCACCGCGCCGUUCGCCGCGGCGCCCGGGUGCCUCGCGAAGCUCACGUCGGACGCCAACCGCGUGGCGGUGACGGUCGGGUGCACCGACGGGGACCGCGUGGACCGCGCCUGCGCCGCGUUCCGCGCCGAGGUCGCCAACGGAACGCUCCAGGCGCGGGCGGACGACCUGGUGCACGGCAUGGAGGGCGAGGGCUUCCUGGACCUGCGCGGCGACGGCGCCGAGCGCGAGCAUGCGCGCCGACGCCGCGGCCGCGGCCUGUCGGUGCACCAGGUGGUGGUGCUGGUGCGGUCCGAGUGCCUCGAGGCGGACACGCUCGACAUGCCGGACGACUCCGGCGCCACGGCGCUCGACACGCCCCUGCAACGCGACUACGGGCGCGUGGAGGUGGUGGUCGAGGGCGAGGCGGCGGACGCGGGCGGGGCGGCGGAGGCGCUGCGGACGCGCGUGCGGGAGCUGGCGGGCGCGGCGCUCGCGGCGGGGGGGCCGCUGCCGCCCGAGGCGGUGGCGGUGACGGUGCUGCAGGCGACAACGGUGGCGAGGGCGCGGUUCGGGGUCAACGUCACGGCGCGGACAGCGGCCGAGGCGGGGCUGAUCGCGGACGCGGUCGCGGGCGCGGGCGGCGUGGCGGACGCGGGCGCGCCGGCGGGGCUGUCGCCGCCGCGGUCGGCGACGGUGGCGUUCGCGCUCACGAGCAACGAGACGGUGUCGGCGGCGCUCGACCGGCAGGCGCUCGCGACGACGGGCCUGCUCCCGAACGGGGAGGAGCCGCAGGUGUACGGGCGCGUCGUGCUGCACAUGCGGGCCACCGCCGCGACCGCGACCGCGCCGCGCAGGACGGACGCGGCCGCCCCGGGGGACGUCCAGGCGUUCCUGGUGGCGCAGCUGCAGGCCAGCCUCGGGGCGCCGUUCCCGCCCGCGAGCGUCCGCGUCGUGUCCGGCACGUCCGCGACGCGGGAGGUGCUGAACGCGACCACGCUGCAGGCCAACGAGGCGACCUACACCGCGGCCGUGUCCGCUGCGAGCCCGGGGGACGCGACGGUGCUCGUGAACUUCGCCAACGGGCUCCCGACGGCGGCGCAGACGGAGGCCAUGCGUCGCUACGGCAUCGCCGCCCUGUCGCUGCGCACAGAGGUGCGGAUCGGAGGCGCACGCCGGGCGGGCCUGGCCGGCGCGGUCGCGGUGGUGGCGGCGCUGCUGCUGCUGCUGCUGCUGCUUCCAUGA